GAGGCCACGCCCCAGGGGCCGGCGCGUCGGGGCGGGGCGCGGAGACCCAGCCCAGCCCAGGCCUGCGCGGGUGGUGCCGGACUCGCGACGCCGGGAGGUCGGGAACGCACAGUCGAGAGCGGUCCAGCAACUGGGUCUCCUCUCAGCCCUCGAGUGGCCAUGUCCCAACCCAGUGCCCCGCCUCCAUAUGAGGACCGCAACCCUCUGUACCCUGGCCCUCCGCCCCCAGGGGGCUAUGGGCAGCCUACUGUCCUGCCUGGCGGGUACCCUGCCUACCCACAGCCUGGCUAUGGUCACCCUGCUGGCUACCCACAGCCUAUGCCCCCCAUCCACCCGCCCAUGAGCUAUGGCCCAGGCCAUGGCUAUGGUGGGGAGGAGAGAGCGGUGAGUGACAACUUCGGGUCUGGAGAGUGGAGUGACAGGAAAGUCCGACAUGCCUUCAUCCGAAAGGUUUACGCCAUCAUCUCGGUCCAGCUGCUCAUCACGGUGGCCAUCAUCGCUAUCUUCACCUUCGUGAAGCCGGUCAGCAAUUUCGUGAGGGCAAACCUGGCUGUCUACUACGCAUCCUAUGCUGUCUUCCUGGCCACCUACCUGACCCUCAUCUGCUGCCAGGGACCCAGACGCCGCUUCCCAUGGAACAUCAUCCUGCUGACCCUCUUUACUCUGGCCAUGGGCUUCAUGACCGGCACCAUCUCCAGCGUGUAUGACACCAAGGCCGUCAUCCUCGCGAUGAUCAUCACUGCCGUGGUGUCCAUUUCAGUCACCAUCUUCUGCUUCCAGACCAAGGUGGACUUCACCUCCUGCACAGGUCUCUUCUGUGUCCUGGGAAUUGUGAUGAUGGUGACUGGGAUUGUCACUGCCAUUGUGCUGUCCUUCAAAUAUAUUUACUGGCUGCACAUGGUCUAUGCUGCCCUGGGUGCCAUUUGCUUCACUUUGUUCCUGGCUUACGACACGCAGCUGGUCCUGGGGAACCGGAAGCACACCAUCAGCCCCGAGGACUACAUCACCGGCGCCCUGCAGAUCUACACCGACAUCGUCUACAUCUUCACCUUUGUGCUGCAGCUCCUGGGGAGCCGGAAUUAAGGAGCGCCUCCUGUUUUGCCCUCUGCCCCGGGCCUUCCCUGCCACAGAGAGCUGGACCUGGGGCUGGGGCUGGCCCUCAGACUUCUUUCCUUCCUCUCAAGUAAUAGCCCAUUUCCCUUUCUCUCCAGGGAUGGGUCGCCUCUCUGGCUAUGGAUGCGUAGGUACCUGGUGGGGUUGUAGGAACUGGGGACUCACCCCUGCUCUUGGUGGACUCACAGGGACUGGGCCAAAGGUGUGCCUUCUUCCUCUGCCCACCAAAUCCUUAACAGCUGGGGUUCGAGUGGGGAGGGAUGAAAAGAGCUAAAAUGGAAUAUGAGAGGCAGAAGUGACUUUGUGGUGACGAGGUUUCCCCUCCCACUUCUGCCACUGGCUGGAGCUGUUUCCUCCCUCAAACCCUAACAAAGCCAGACAGUGCUGUCCCCAGCCCCCUGGACUCACAGCCAGCCACUACCCUGUACUCCUUUGGUAGCCCUUGGCCUUCCCGCUCAGGAAGGUAGACAGGGUUUGUGCCUAUGGGUCUCCCCUGCUUCACCCCUUCUCUCAAUAGCAUAUAUAUAUAUGUGUAUAUAUAUACUGAUUUUCUGGGCUAGGGUCGGGGAGGGAGAGGAGAGUGAGCCAAGUCAGGUGCGGAGGUCAAUACGAGAUUAGCAUCUGCCCGGGGCGUCCCUCUGGCUUGUGGUGGUGGAGAGCAGGCCCGCCUGCAGCCAUCUGGUCCCCAUUCUCCAAAGGUGCCUGGGGCCCCCCUGGUGCUUCUGGCUGCUCAGAGCAGAAAGUGAGGGACAAAGGUCAGGUGGUGUGUAGGGUCACUGCUUCCUGACAGCGUGGCCAGGAAGUAACCAGGGUGAAGAGAGACUGGGGUCCCCUACCCUGUCUGAGAGCCAUGGAAACCUAUGGUGGCACCCAUGGUUCUUGCGUUCUGCGAACUCGGGGAGGGCCCUGAGAGGAACGAGAUGCCCCUCGCUUGCGGGAUGUAAGACUUCGGCCCCAUCUCUCCAGCCAACUACCGUUUUCUUCUUGACACCAAGUGCCUCAAGCUGGAAUGGGGGAGGGGGACAAGGGCCACUCUGUGGGGGUGGGGGUGGAAACCAGAUCAGCCCAAGGGUAUAGUUAGGACUUCUUUAUUAAGUACUUGGUCCUACCUAUAUCCCACAAAAGGACAUAACUAGAAAUGUAAUAAAGUUUUAUGUUUAGAAGG